CCGGUUCUGUUGGGGAUGGAAUCUCCUUACAAGGAGGAAAGGGAGGGGGCAGUUCAGUCGGAUCCUGAAGUCUCUGCAACGUGUCCUGCCCCCUCUUCUGGGUCCAAGCAACUCCCUGCAGUAACUCCCAGUCCCGUCAGACCCAAGUACAGUCUGGAGAUCAGACCCCACCCUCAGUCUGAGCUGCACAUGGAGAAGGACAAAAAUGGCCUCCAGAACAGGAACGACUGCAGCAAUGGGGACCCAGGGGUCACUCCCGACUCAUUUAAGGCCUCAGACAUCAUCAUAGAUUUGGCCUCGUCUUCCAAACAAAAACCCGACCCAAACAGUUUGGUCUUCGGAGCCGAGUUCACGGAUCACAUGCUCUGCAUCGAUUGGAUGAAGGAGACAGGGUGGCAGCAACCGGUUAUCAAGCCUUUCCAGAACCUCUCCCUGCACCCCGCAGUCUCAGCACUACACUAUGCCAUACAGCUGUUCGAGGGGCUGAAGGCUUACCGUGGGGAAGAUGGGAAGGUUCGUUUGUUCCGCCCGAAACUCAACAUGGAGAGAAUGCACCGGUCAGCUCUGAGAAUGACCCUACCAGACUUUGAUAAGGAGGAGCUGCUACAAUGUAUCUUGAAGCUGGUGGAAGUGGAGAAGGAAUGGGUUCCCUACUCGAGCAGCGCCAGUCUCUACAUCCGUCCAACUUUCAUUGGAACAGAGCCAACUUUGGGAGUCCGGAAACCCUCCAGAGCUUUACUCUACAUUAUUCUCUGCCCAGUUGGACCCUAUUUCUCAAGUGGAUCGUUCAAUCCAGUAUCGCUGUGGGCAGAGCCGAAAUAUGUGAGGGCAUGGAUGGGGGGCACUGGUGACUGUAAAGUAGGAGGGAAUUAUGGACCCACCAUCUUUGCCCAGUAUGAAGCGGUGGCAGUCGGGUGUCAGCAGGUGCUUUGGUUGUACGGAGAGGACGAGCAGAUCACAGAAGUGGGGACCAUGAACCUGUUUAUUUUCUGGACAAAUGAGAAUGGAGAGGAAGAACUGGUGACCCCACCCCUGGAUGGCAUCAUUCUCCCCGGGGUCACACGGCACAGUAUUCUGGAUCUGGCACAGCAGUGGGGGGAAUUCAAGGUGUCUGAGCGUCAUUUAACCAUGAAGGAUCUGGUUUUGGCAUUGAAUGAAAAUCGUGUCCGUGAGAUGUUCGGUGCCGGCACAGCCUGUGUUGUCUGCCCAGUGUCCAGAGUCUCCUACAAGAACAAGGAUUUUCACAUUCCGACCAUGGAGAACGGUCCCAAGAUGGCGAAACGCUUCCUGCAAGAGCUCACUGACAUUCAGUACGGCCGUGCGCCUAGUGAUUGGAUGGUGGAAGUUCCUUCUCCUUAAAGGCAAAGUGCACCUAUAAGAAGCAGUUUUGUCCCGUAGAAUUCUAGUGACAAUUAUGACAUCCUGUAAGCCCCAGAUUUAGGAAAAAAAUGGAUUUCUAUGUAAAGAGUUUUGUGUAUAGAAGUAAUUCAAAGCUGUGACUCCUGAACCUAUUGCUGGACUACAACUCCCACAACCCCUGCCUGCCAAUGUAUCACAUGACCCUAUCACCUAAAAAUGUACCACAGACUCCUUGUACGUCUCUGAGCCAUUCACUCUUCCUAGCACUGUGACUGAUUCUUGCAGUUCAGCUGUAGAACCAACAGGGAAAACGGCAGCCAAUCAUAAUAAUAUAUAAUAGAGUAAAGCACAAGAUUUUUCUAAAACCUCCAAAUCUGUAAGUCAUUGCCUUGUUACCACUGGAGCUGUUUUGUGUGUCUCCCUGGGAAAUGCAACUACUACUUUGUUUGAUGGAACAAGCGAUGUUCUACAUUCAACCCUAGCAGGGUUAGGUUUAAGGUUAGGUUUGGGUUUAGGGUUAGGGUUAGGUUUAGGGUUAGGUUUAGGGUUAUAGUGAAAUUAAAUUUUUUUAUAUGUGACAAUUUUUUCUCACUCUAAAUGCAUUAAAGUCAAUGGGCAUUUUUUCUUAUGGCAACUUUCUUUGUUGCUGUGAAUUAUUGCCGCAGUUUCAUACAAAUAUUUGCAGGAGUGCAGAAUUUUGCCACAAAUCCAUGCCUGUCGAAUAAAUUCGCUCAUCACUAGAUAUUAAUGCAAGUAUAAAAAGGAAAUCAUACCUACAUUGUUUCAACAGUCAGAACCAGAGAACAAAAAGGCACAGACACUCCUGUCAAUAGCUUGACAUUUACACAUAAAUAUAAACCCAGUCAAUAUAGAUUGGGAAGUGUAUUUUUUGGGUUAAUAUGCCCUUAAACUUCAUACACCGGGAGAUGCUUGAUUGGUUAAUGAGUGUCUAAGUGAAUUGUAAUCAUUGUACCAAAGUGACACUUGAACUGCAGCUUUAACCCCUUCCCUUACCUCUGUGAUGAUUGGGGCACUUUGCACAAGAGGAGGGGCUAAUCAUUACUGUUCAACCAAUCGCAGCCUGAACUGGUUCACAGGGAGUUGCACUGUACAAUCAUCAGUAGUGAAUCACAGUGUGACCUGGAAUAUUUGCACUUUUUUCACUUUCUUUGUGAUUCUUUGUAUUUUCUCUUCAUCUGCAAAUUCCAAUAAAUCUGCAUUUUUAAUCAUA